AUGUCAUCCAUUGCAGAUAUAAAAUUGAAUCGAGUUGACCUUGCAUUAGCUCGUCAUGACCCGAUUCAACUAUCCGAUAAUCUUCAACUAACGCUAAAUCUGUACAAUGAGUUGACCAUAGUUGAACCACGGUUUCCAUCAUAUCAUAAUGCAAUCAACAAGAAUCGACAUCGAACGGUAUUGAAUACCAAGGAAAUAUUCUCCACCGGGACUAUAUUGUAUUCGGAGGCAGUUAGUAAUUUACCUGUGGGUCGGUUUAAGGAUGUAGUGUUCAAAAAUGCUGAUGAAUUCUAUAAUAUUACUGCUCAAGAUCCUAUUAUAGUGGAGCACCGAUGGACUUCAAUUAGUCACCGUACAAGAGAUUCCUGGUUGGGGGUAUUGUUCAAUACUGGUGAGCUUUUGGUUUUAGGUCGUGAAAACCACAAUCAAUCCUACAAUUAUAAAGUAAAGAUUAAUGUAUUUGAAGCGUUGGUGAAACUAUAUCAGAUUCCAUAUUACGAAGGGAGAUGGUAUGUCAGUGCUGAGGAGUUUAAACGACUCAGGCUAAAGUAUUUUGUAUUUCAUGGUAAUGAGUUGGUAGUCGUUGAUUUGAGUAACAGAAUUACGAUUUUCGACUCUAGCAUGACUGUGGUGAAACAAAUUGAUUUUGCUAAGGAGAUUGCAAAACUUUCUUGGGAAAAUGAUACUUUAUUGAUUAUUGGAAAGGAUAACUCGCUACUGUUGGUUGGAAACGAUAUUCGAGAAAUCUAUUCGCCUCAAAGAGGUCAAUUUCAAAAGGUUAAAAUAAUUCAAUAUAAAGACAAGACUUUAAUCAUUGCAGUGUUUAUGUCAAAAGUAGUCAUCUUUGAAAAUGACAAUGUAUUCGAAUAUGAUACAGAAACUUGGUACACUUGUACAUCCAUUGUCACCGGAAAAGGCCAGUCCUUGUCGAUUGUGUUGGCGUACGAAGAUGCCACCAUUUUAACACUUUUAUUUGAUGGAAAUAAUAUAUCAAAAAUAUCCAAUGACUUGUCAUGGUCAUUACUCACGGAAAAGGCAUUAAAUCAGUUUCAAAUAUCCCUGGAGGAUGCAACAACAGAAGGAAGUAUAAUUUUACAUGGCAUUCAGCCAAUAACUGAUAAGAUACUAGGGGUGGUGUACAAAGUAUUACCCAAGAAUGCUCUCCAUUUUCGAAUUCCUUCAGAACUAAGUGUCAACUUGGCAUUCAUACAAUUGGAGUCAUCGAUGGGAUUACUCAAAGAGCCCGUAAUCAACACAUCAAUAGCUAGGCUUGCCUGCUUCUACCUUGAGAAUUUCCCAACCAUACCAGUGGUUAUUGAUGAUUUGACCAUGUCACAAUUGGACAAGAUUGAUGUGUUUAUACCACUGCUACAUGUAUUUGUGAGUGAAGUAUUGCAGCCUAGAGAGUUGCCGAAACCAACCAUAAAGGGUGAUUUACAACAGGAUUUGAUUGAUCAUUUUGUUCAAAAUAACGAUGUUGUUGAAAAUCAAUUUAAGCAUUGUUUGGCUACGUUACUUUUGGCUGCACUUGGGAACUUUAAGACCUCGGACAACGGAAUGAUAGGUAGCUUAUACAAACAAGUGAAACAUUUUCAUACUACUCUAGAGGAAAGCUUACGCAGAUAUAUUGUGGAAUUGCUAAUUCAAAUAAACCAAGGGAAACAUGGGAAAAAUGAAGUGGACAGGUUUUCUUUAAUAGCACAAGGACUUCAACUCGGCCUCAAAUUGAAUGAUGAUAAAGUCAUACUCAAGGUAGGCAUGAAUUUUGUUGAGGAGUUCAUCAUUGAUUCCCAAGAUGAUUCCACUACAAUUUCAAAUAAUAUGAUAACUUCAACUUCGGGGUAUUCUUGGACCACUUGCGACUUAACCAGAAUCCCGAUUGUUGAUAGGAAGACGAAAAUAGAUGAAUUAGGAAGCUUCAAGUACUUGUAUGGAGAGCAAAAUGCUCCUAUAGUGGAUACGCUUCGACAUGUGAUUGACUAUUGUUAUAUUAGUGGAAAUAGAAUUUACACAGGUCAAUUUUGA